AUGUCAUCGACGUCACUCGUCAGAUCGCCCCACCUGCAAAGGUUACACGAGCAUGGCGAACAAUGGAUGGGCUUCUUAAAAUUCUCACGUGAUGACGACGACAUCCCUCUACUGCUUUUACGCAUGGUGGGCAUUACACUGCACACUGCGUGUCUGUUAAAGGAAAGUCCAAUUAAUGGAGGAGCAGUCAAAAUAUCACAAAAAUUGACUCCGGUGCGGAUGAGAGUCUAUGCACUUGCAACAGCGCUAGUGACAAGUGUUAUUCCCGCAGCGGCAGAAACGAGCAUAGAAACAGAACCACUACCCUUCUCACCAUCGUCACCAGCCCUACCCAACCUCAGUGCAUUUUUCCGAGAGCCAGAGGAGCCAACUAGUGAAUGGCUCGAGGCAGUCGCCUACCGACGCCCAGUUCCUGUUCACCCCGAAGUUCCCUAUUACAAAGAAGUGCUUCUCCGGUGCGAAGCACGCGAGCGACAGCGGCAGCAGGAAGAACAAGAGUACCUUUUGGAGGACGCGGAUCGACGACGCCGCUUUGAGGAGCAUCUACAGCAACUUGAGAAGCAGCAACAGCAACAGCAACAGCAACUCGAACAACAGCAGCUGCAGCAGCAACAACAACAACAACUCGAGCAACAGAUGCUGGUCGACUCCGAUUACAUGGAGUGGGAGCAAUCCUUUGCUUGGUAA